AUGAAAAUGAAUGGCAAUGGGGACACCAGAAGGCACGGCAGCAGAGUCGAGACCGCCCUAGUAGAUAAUCAAGCUGACGUAGGCAAGGAUGCGUUUCCGAGCAAUGUUUUUCAAGACCUGGAGAAUGCCACGAGUAAUAAUGGAACUCCCAACAAUAACGCAUCGGCAGCACUACCCGCUGUCGCUGGCUUUCCAUCGACGGCUGCGAAAUUUGAUCAGAAUCAAGUAUCUCCUCCAAAACUUAGCCGUGUAGUCACAGCGCCGGGAGCCGUGUCUGUACCAGCAAGCGCCCUGGAGACAACAAAAAAGGGACUGGCAAGGAGGACAAGAUCCAAUCCAUCAUCACGAGGGCAAUCAAGGACACGAUCUAAAUCACCGCAAAAUUUGAAAGACGAUUCUGGAACGCAACCAGGAGCCGUAUCAACCAUCUCAGCCCCAAGUACAAAUAGAGGACUUUCAAAAGGAAAGCAAAAACCGCCACCAUCCAACACGCCCGAUGAUGUCAGUGCGUCACCAUCCAAUCCAUCAUCAAGAAGAGGGCAAUCAAGGACACGAUCUAAAUCACCGCAAAAUUUGAAGGACGAUUCUGGAACGCAACCAGGAGCUGUACCAACUAUCUCUGCCCCCAGUACUAAUAGAGGACUCUCAAAAGGAAAACAAAAACCACCACCACGAAACCCGCCCGAUGAUGUCAGUGCGUCACCAGGAGCAGUACCGACCAUCUCAGCCCCAAGCACAAAUAGAGGAUUGUCCAAAACAAAAGCAAAACGAGAUGCACAGUCUAGCCAAACUGAACGCAUGGAAAAAGAAGCUGUGUCGUCCAAAGAACCAGCAGACGGCCAAAGCACAAUCAGUUCUGUUGGACUCAAUUCAUUGGCGCAGACUAGCACGCACCAAUUUCAUGCGCGGUGGCCCCCAACUCAAUCAACCUCAGUGGAUAAUCUGGACAGAUCACAGCAAGGAAACCAGUGGAUUCUAGAGGAUCUCGCUUCUUCUCUAGAUGAAGUUGGUCCUGGCAGCAUCAAUCAGAACAUGGAAGAGGACAUGCACAUCCAACCUACUCCCAUAAAUGCCCAUUCCACCGAUGCAGAAACUGCAGCAGGCACAAGAGAAAAUGAGGGACUUGUGCAAGCUGUCCCAGUGAACGAUGAACGAUCUCGAUCAUUCUUCCCUCAAGCAGAAGCUGUGGAUAUGGAGAAUGAAAGAGAUCUGCAGGAAACCGACAACAAAAGAAAGAGGAAAGAAAGGCAAUGCCAAAUAAUUGGUGCCAUAAUCAUUGGUAUCUGUGCAGUUGUAAUCAUACUUUCACUGGUGUAUGGGACAAGAAACAAGCCAGUAACCAUAGCUGAGGAACCUAUAUCGGUUGCGCCAACAAAUUCUGUGAUGCCCUCUUUCUCCCCAUCAUCAAUGCCAACUGAGACACUACUGUCAGCCAGGUAUGAAAUCAAGGGGCUUUCAGAAAGCACCGCAGAAGAAAUUGGGAAGUAUGGCUCCCCACAACAACAGGCUUAUGACUGGACAUUUCAACAUCCAGAUUUUGACGACAUGCCAAAUUGGCGGAAACAGCAGUUGUUCGCAUUGGGAACCUUCUACUUUUCCUUUGAAAAUUGGCCAGAGGAAUACCAGUGGAUGGACUACAGCAACACAGAAUGUUCGUGGACAACAUCCUUGGAUUCAAAUCCAGGUGAAGCCACAAGCUCUGAUUUCAUUCCAGAAGGGUAUUCCAAUCCUGGCAUAUCUGGAACUAUCCCUUCAGAGAUUGGCAUGCUUUCCCUACUGACAAACCUGAACUUGCACAGCACGGGGAUCUCCGGUACCAUCCCAUCAGGCAUUGGACAGACGAACCUGACUUGGCUCUACUUGCAUGACAAUUCUAUUUCCGGCUUCUUGCCUUCCGAGUUGGGCCUGUUACCCUUUCUUGAACGCAUGGAUUUGCAGUUUAACGACAUUUCUGGCACAGUGCCCGCUGAUCUGGGCAAUUGUACCAGUCUGGUUUGGGUAGAUGCCAGAAACAACUAUCUGACAGGAUUGUCUCCAGAAAUUGGCUUAUUGACAAGCAUGCAGUACUUGUUGCUUCGAGACAACACAAUCAAGGGAACGAUUCCCAGUGAAAUUGGGCUCUUAUCUAAUUUGGUGUAUCUCAGCCUUGAGCGAAACUCUAUCACAGGAACUUUCCCUUCCACCUUUGAUCAGUCUAGCUUAGAUCAAAUGGAUUUGCAGGGCAAUCAACUCUCUUCUAUCCCAAGCGAGAUUGGCCUCCUUGGUAAUCAGAUUGGACAGCUGGAUCUAAGCAACAACCUCAUACUGACUUUGCCAAGUGAGCUGUUCCUCUUGACAAGCCUUUCUGUGCUUCAGCUUCACGGCAACCGAAUAGAGCAAUUGCCACAGGAAAUUGACCAGAUGACAAUUCUGGAUUCUUGCGACAACUCCAUUGACGGUUGGCUGUCAUUUUCAAGCAACAAGCUUUCUUCAAUACCCUCAGAAAUUGGAAGACUGACAAACUUGCGGACUUUGACUAUGCAAGACAAUCAGAUCUCAUCAUUUCCUGAUGUGAAUUGGUCACACUUGACUAACUUGGCGUCCAUCCAGCUCUCUCACAACUUGCUGCAUUCUACAAUUCCAUCAGAACUUGGCCUUCUUCAAAAGCUUGUGAAGCUGGACCUGUCAAACAAUGCCUUGAUUGGGAGCAUACCUUCAGAGUUGGGGGAGAAUGAGGCAACUGCAUAUGUAUGGAACAACACACUUCGUGAUUAUGUUGCACAGGAUGCACGAUUGUUUCAAACGCUUAUUUUGAGAAACAAUCAACUCAGUGGGUGGUUGCCAUCAGAGCUCGAUCUUGACCACAGUUACAGAAUACAAUUCUACACUGGAUGA